AUGACGAUCGAGAGGAGGCUAUCCGGGGGAAAGGGACGGAGGAGCUCGGAAGGUGGCAAUAAGGUGAGUAGACGUCAGGCUACGCUUUUUUCAUUUUUCAAGAAGACGGAAGACGCACUUCCACCUCCACAGCGGCAGUCCACCAAGACAGAGGGCUCCUUCUUGACAGGGGAGUCGACAGCAGGGGUAUCAAGCUCACCAGCGAGAUCAGCAGAAGUGGGGAAGCCUGCAACAGCUGCUCCAGUAUCGCCAAAUCGUCAGAAGGAGGAUCUUCCCCCCAACAGCUUGUUAGCUGCCACAGCCUCCUCGAAGGAGCAGCGGGAGGAUGAAGAGGGUGAGGAGCGGCAGCAGACGCGGGGUAGUCGACAGCAGCAGAUGCAAGCAAGCGAGAUGAAGUUGUUGAAUCAGCAGCAGCAGCCGGAGAGGGUGUCGCGCGAAGCAGCAGAUCAGCCUCUGAAGAGGCGGCUGUCCUCUACUGUAGGGUUGGAUUGCGAAGAGGAGAGCCUCACGAAGAGAAAGAGGCUGCGGAAAGUAGCGCUGGAUUCAGAAGAAGAAGAAGAAACAGCAGCAGAAGCAGCAGCUCAGCGACUUUCUAAGGGGGGUGGGGGGGCGCUCCUCCUGGCUCCUGAACCCAUGGAUGGAGAGGCGUCAAAAGUGAGCGAGGAUAGAGGAGCUGAGGAGGAAGAAGAGGAGGAAGAAGAGGAAGACGAAGAAGAGAUGGAAGACGAAGAAGAGACGGAAGACGAAGAAGAGAUGGAAGAAGAGAAGAAAAAAGGGGAGAAAAAAGAGAAGAAGAAGCUUGUGGCUCCCGAUUUGGAGUCACUUGAGUUUAACACGCCUGCAGCAGCAGCAGCAGCAGCAGCUGCUGCUGCUUUGAGCCGUUCUUCUUCUGCAUGCAGCAGCAGCAGCAGCAGCAGCAGCACUAACACGAGCACUUCUGCCGGAUCAGGAGGAGGGGCGAGGCGUACAGACAGUGCAGGAGGAAGGGAAGAAGGGGGUACUACUUUGGGGGGGGUGUCUCUGCGCGGCAUUUUUUACGACGUGGCUGCCCGCACGAGCAGCCUUUAUUUGCGGCGCUACAUCGACGACUUUGAGCUGUACAGCGGAUCCUUUUCCUUCCCGCCUUGGUUGCACCCCGCGUCUCUGAGAGACGCGCAAGGCCGUUUGGCAUGCAAGGAUGUCGAGUACGCGCCACAGACGUUGUGGGUGCCUCCGCCGAAUCACGCUCUGGCUCGCGAGCAUCGCGCGCCGCACUACACGCCUGGAAUGCAGCAGUACUGGGAAAUCAAGAAGCAGCACCACGACAAAGUCGUGCUGUUCAAGAUGGGUCGCUUUUACGAGUUGUUCUACGCGGAUGCUUGCAUAGGUCAUGGCGUUUGCGAUCUCAAGUGGAUGGGGAGCACGGAAAAGCCUCACUGCGGCUUCCCCGAGCAGUCCUUGCAGCACCACGUGAGGGCGCUUGUCAACGCAGGCUUCAAGGUAGUCGUCGUGGAGCAGACGGAGACUCCCAAGGAGUUGGAGCGCAGACGGGUGCAGGAGCAAACCAGAGAAAAGGCCGUCAAGAGGGAGGCUUGCGAAGUUUUUACGGCCGGAUCUAUUCCUCACCCCGAGAUGCUCGAGGCGGAGGCGAGGCUGCUGCUUGUGCUUGCGGCGUCUACGGAGACAUCUGACCUCCCGCAGGAAGACGCAGCUGCUGGCUGCGGCGUGCGGCGAGAAGAAGCGGAAAAAAAGGAGAAAGGGGAGGCAGAGGAGGACAGAACGCACCCGCAUGCCUUCGGCGCUGCGCUGAUCGACGUCACGACCAACAAGGUGUAUCUGGAGACAGCGAGAGACAGCCCUUGCUGGAACGCUCUAAGAGGCCUCUUAAGCCGCUCGCAGCCUGUCGAAGUGGUGUACAGUGCAGCGCGAACUCCCCCAGCUGUAGUGGCGCUCCUCAAGCGACUCCCGUGCCUCCCGCAGCUUUCGCCGCUCGCAGACUUCCCACACACCUUGGAAGCCAUGCAGCUCCUCGAUGCGCAUGUGCGCAGGCGUCGCAGCGUCAGCAGCAGCAGCCGCUGCUGCAGUGACAACAACAACAAUAAUAGCAGCAACGAUGCUGGCAUUGCUUUCUGCCUGGACGCUUGCGAGCGAAAUCCCUGCCUGCUGCGCGCAGUCGGCGCAGUGUGCGUGUAUCUAAAGCAGCUGCUGCUGCACACGAAGGUUCUGCCAGUCCUGCAGUUCGCGCCGCUCUCCGCCGACUCCUCCAAGCUGCUGUGUCUAGACGCCAAGGCGCUCACCCAGUUGGAAGUUCUCGCCAGUCAGGAGGGAGAUCCUGCUCGCUCAUUGUUGAGCUGUCUCGACAACACGGUGACGGCUGGAGGCAAGCGCCUCCUCAGGCGCUGGGUAGUGGCCCCACUGCGGUGUAUAGACACUCUGAACUGCAGACUGGACGCUGUAACAUGGCUCCUCCAGCGGGAGCAGCAACUCGAACGGCUGCGCAAGGCAGGCAGUGCUCUCCCCGACGUCGAGAGACUCUCGGCAAGGUGCCUCGCACAAAGCCAGCAGCAGCGGCGACAGGCUGUCUACUUCGACGACGUUCAUCAGAAGCAGCUGAAGGCGUUUCUGGCACUUCUGGAUUCUUUCAAAGCCAUGGAGAGCCUCACAGCUACCCUCGUAGAGGCGCUCAAGCGGGAGAACGAGGCAGCAGCUGCAGCUGCUGCUGCUGCCGCUGCUGCGAAGGAUGAUGUCUGGCCGCAACGACUUUGGCAGCUCUGUGCUCCCAAAGACAUGGGAGGCACCUUUCCGCGACUCAAGGAGGAGUGCGACAGGCUGAGAAAUCUUGUCGUUGUCAGUGAGGACGGCGUUAUCGCCCCUCGAAAGGGCUUAGUUGCGGAAUAUGAUGCGGCCUCGGCGAAGAUUGGGGAUUGCAAGGCUAAGCUAGAAGACAUUCUGAAAGAGCUGCAGAAAACAACAGGCCUAAUGAGCGCUAUGAAAUACACGCACACGAAAUUCAGAUAUGAAGUUGAAUGUCCAGAAAAUAUCUCUAAAGAGACGCUUCGUCGCCUCGAUGCAGACAUUACUUCUACAAGAAAAGGUUUCAUCCGAUUUCGUACACCCGAUAUUUGCGAACUUGCUGAAGAGCUAGACGAACUAGAGCUGGCUUUGAAGGACUCUUUCUACCCUUUCCGUUCAUUUUUAACGGGGGAGUUCUCAAGGGCCUUCCCAGACACUUUUGCAGUGUCUAUUCAGUGCGUCAACGAGCUCGACGUCCUGCAGAGUCUCGCAACAUUCGCCCGCACGCAUGCUGGGCCGGAGAUGACGCGUCCGCGGCUAGUGCCGCCACACCCGAUGGCCGAGAAGCUUACCGAAUGUUUUGUUCCAAACGACGUGAUUCUCAAUAGCAGCAGCGGCGGCAGCAGCAAGAGUGCGCGGACGCUGUUGAUUACGGGUCCAAAUAUGGGCGGAAAGAGCACUUUGUUGCGGCAGACUGCCCUGUGCGUCAUUUUAGCGCAGCUUGGCUCCUAUGUUACAGCGUCGGAGUGCGUCUUGACACCUGUUGACCGCAUCUUUGCACGACUUGGAGCGGAAGACUUCAUUCUACAGGGCAGCAGCACCUUCCUUGUCGAGCUUUCCGACGUUGCGGAAUUGACAAAGCAUGGAACUCGCUAUUCGCUGGCACUGAUAGACGAGCUGGGUAGAGGGACAUCUACAAGUGACGGUCUCGCCAUAGCCUUAUCCACCGCUGAGUGGAUGACAGAUGCCCUCCAAUGCAGGACUCUGUUUGCGACGCAUUACCACAUGUUAUGCUACGAGUUGAGGCAGCAUCCUGGUGUAUUGAAUGUACACCUGGGGGCUUCAGUGGAGGGAGAAACGGUGUCCUUUCAGUAUAAGGUUCGAGAGGGGAUAUGCCCGCAUUCCCACGGUAUCCUUGUCGCCAGGAUAGCGGGUGUGCCUGAAAGCGUGCUCAGUUGCGCCGCCUCUCAGUCUCGCAUGCUGCAGCAGCAGGCUGCCCAGCAGCAGCGGGAUGCACGCAUUCGCUCAGUUGCUGCUGGCAUCCUGAGGGCCCUUGACACAAACCCUCAGGAUCUAAAAAUUAUUCAUGGGCUCUUCAGAGCGGAGGUGCUGUCCGAUGCUCAGGAGCAGGAAGCUGCAGAUGCUGCUGCAGUUGCCACUGCAGCUGCUGCAGCGACAGCUCAGGGGUAG